GUUCGCCGCCUUUCAUUAGAAACGAACGAGCUGCUUCGCACUCGCGCACGACCGACAGGAAUCGAGCCUCCCAGGAAGGCAGGGAACGCAGGCUAGGGUUGGCCGCCGCCGCCGCAGCAGCAGCCCGCCGCCCGCGCCGGUGACCCUCCGCCCAGGCUUUUGAGGGAUUCUAGCUGCAGAAGAAACCUGGUGGUUGAUAUGAGUGCCGAGGCAGGCAAUGGGAAGGAGGAAGCCAGAAAGACAGGUUUGGAGGGCACCGGACUGCCCCUUCCAGGUGGCUCCCAUGGCAGCGUGCGAUGCGCUGGCAGCGACCCGCAGUUGAGACACAUGCUUGAUUCCCUCAAAUCCUCCAAGGCUUCUGCUGUGAUCAACUAUGGCGCCUCAUGGUGCGGUGUUUGCAAUCAGAUUCUUCCACCCUUCUGCAAAUUCAGCAAUGAAUUCAAGAAUCUUAGUUUCAUCUAUGCCCAUGUUGAUGAGUGCCCCGAAACAACUCAGAACAUACGAUACACUCCGACCUUCCAUUUUUACCGGGAUGGAGAAAGGGUGGAUGAGAUGUUUGGUGCAGGGGAAGAGAGGCUACGGGAUCGAUUGUGGUUGCAUUCAUGAUUUCUAGGCUUUGGCUUGCAGUGAUGCUGUUUUCAUGUACUUAGUUAUAUGAACUGUACCUCGGAUUUAUCCUUUUUCUGAAAAGUCUUGUUUGAUGUGGAAAGGAAGGGCAAUGUUAAACUGAUCAGCGUGUUGCUAGUUUCUCUCCCAGGCAGAAGCCAUUAUUUUUCAUGAUUUACUCGCAAAGCAUUUUACACUGUAAUUGAACCAUGACUGUAAUGCAUCAGCAGCUAGUGCUGCUAGUGGAA